GCGGUUCAGAUUAUUACAGUUUAGAUUAUUUAUAACCCGGGUUAUUCUAAUUUAGAUUAUUUAUAACCCGGGUUAUUCUAAUUUAGAUUAUUUAUAACCCAGGUUAUUGCAGUUCAGAUUAUUACAGUUUAGAUUAGUUCUAACCCGGGUUAUUCUAUUUUAGAUUAGUUCUAACCCGGGUUAUUUACGGCUGGUGUUAUUGGCUGUGUUAUGACUCCAGUUGCCCGGAUGCAGUAUUUUUAUUUUUUGAGUGCAUGACUGACUGAUUGAUAUUUUUGUGCUCGGUUGCUAUGCGGCGUGUUGCCAGGGCCCGUGUGCGCAUGCGCAGUGAGCGCGGUGUGUGUCGGGACGCUGGUGGAGCUAUCUCCAGGUGUUCCUCUCAGAGCUGGAAACUGCGUGGAGGAGCAGCUGUGCGGCGCAGGGAGGAUUCAGUCCUGAACCUCAGCACACAGUUCGGUUCGGUUCCGUUCGGUUCUCUCUUCACUCCGUGUCGGUGUGUGUGUGUGAGAGAGAGCGAGAGAGAGAGGCCUGAGGAGAGACUCCGCGGCGGUGAAGGAGGAGGAGACGCCGAGGAGAGAGCGCUAAAGCCGGCUGAUGAUUUCAGGGAGCGGCGCUGAGGCCCAGCAGGCGGAGCAGGAGGUCCAGUCCGGUUCAGAGUGCAGAGGAAGCGGGGAGAGGGAGGAGGAGAGCAUGGUGAGUCCGGGCCUGGGGCGCGCUGAACCGGGACACACACACGGAGCUCAUGCCCCGCCCUCACAGCUGCUAACCGGCUAACCGGCUAACGAGCUGCAGGUUUAUCUCCUUCAUCUCCCAGCAAACUUUACACAACCACCGAGAGGGAAAUCUCACACAGUUCCACACCUCUCUAAAGGGGAAAGUAACUAACACGCUCAGAAGGGCGAUAGAAGCGUCCAGAUGACGUCAUGGGCUAAUUUGCAUAUCAAAACGUGUUACAGUGAGAUUUUCAGAAUAUACAAUGUGUAAGAAAUAAAACACUUGAGGAUGUGACGUCAUGGGAAAAUAAUCAAGUGUUUUAUUCCUCUUAUACCUUGGAUAUUUGCCAACAAUUAUUUUUUAUAUUUAUUAAAGAACAAUGAUAUUUUUUAUCCGUUUAUAGUUACAUUUAAAGUUGCUUUUCGUUAUCACUUACAUUAUGGCACUUUUACUACUGUUAAUAUCACCAAGAGAGUUUAAAAUGAAGUAAUGCACAGGGGGACAAAUAGCAGUGAUUGGUCAUCGCGAGCGACGGGGAUCGGUGAUUGGUCGUCGGGAGCGACGGGGUGAUGUGAGCUGGAGAGGCGUGUGGAGGGCAGGACAGUCGCUAAUGUUUGCUUAAAAUAUCACUCGAUUUUUUGCUAAGUGAUUUUUUUAAUAGUCACUAAAUCUGCAGCACUGCCUCCUUAUUUCAUUAUAUUUAUUUCUAUUUUAUUUUACUUUUUGUUUUAUUCCUAAGUUGUCCACUCACACAACCUCAAACAGUAGAUUUAAACUGUAAACUGUUCUGUAUUAUUUUGACACUUUCACUAGAUUUAUUCCAGCUGGUUUUCAGCAGUAGAAGUUACUUAUUUACACCUACUUUAGGAGAUGAAUAACUGAACAGUGACUGUGUGUACACACACACGCGCGCGCGCGCAGUUUCUGUAUGUACAAAAAGGAAAUACAGUAAUAUCACAUUUCACACCAGUGUACUUAACUCUGUUUUCCUGUAAAGGAAAUAAUUUUCUUUGCUGUAAGUUAAUCAAGUUUGAUCAGCAUUAAAUAAAACACUGCGUGUGUGAGAAAUAAACGGAGUGAUGGAGUUCAUCUGUUUUUGGGUCGAGACUAGUUGAUAGAGGACGUGAUAAAGGACACACGUGUGUGUGUUUCCGGUCAACUCCGAGUUUAAACCGUGUUCACUUUACAUCCACAUCAUCAUCAUCACAGGGUGUGAAUUAAACUCGUAUCUCUUCAUUAAAACGAUCCUGAACUGAGAGAAGUAAUUUUUUUUUCUUUUUUCAACAAAAACCCGGCUGCAUUUCGGUUCUCGCCAUGUGCUCACAUUUACUUCCGGAUAAAUCAAUGGACGUGGUUGGGGACCAAUCAGAACGCGCCUUUUACAUGACGUGGCAUGCGUUCAGCUUGCGUUAAUCGUCAAAGAGGAGGCGGGGCGUACGCGCGUGAGUAGGCUGAUGAUUGACGUGUGUGUUGGCCAAUCAGAGCCGCGCUGACCUUCUCACCGGCAUUUGGACUGUGCGAGUGUGCGCGAGGAUUCUCAGCGCUGAACUUUACACCCGCGCGCAGCUGCAUUUUUGCGAUUUUUUUAUAAAGAAUAAACGCGUUAAAUCUGGAUUUAUAUCCCUGUCAGGCGGCUUCAGCGCGAGUUCAGUGACUGGGAAAGAGAAAAGAAAUCAUCAUGCUGCUGUUUGUGGAGGUGACCGCAAAGGGAACCGGUCUGAAUCCUAACGCUAAAGUGUGGCAGGAAGCGUCAGCUCCUCUCUCCCACAACGCAGAGGAGGCCACGGGAGCUCCUGAUUGGCUGCAGGAAGACCACGCCCCCUCCCAACAUCUGGAUGGAGGUAAAGGGUACAGUGCUGAGUGUGGAGACUCCGCCCCUUCUGGAGACCCCACCCCUGCAGUAGACGCCGCUCUCCUGAAUGGCUUUGACCUGACUGAACUGGAGUACUCCCCAUACGGACCGGUGGAGGAAGAGAUAUCUGAGGAGAGUCUGAGGGAGUCCCUUAAGAAACAGUUGGAGUUCUGCUUCUCCAGAGAGAACCUGUCGAAGGACCUGUACCUGAUCUCUCAGAUGGACAGUGAUCAGUUCAUUCCCAUCUGGACCAUCGCCAACAUGGAGGGUGUAAAGCUCCUGACCUCUGACCUUGACCUGAUCGUGGAGGUGCUGAAAGCGUCUCCCCUGGUCCAAGUGGACGAGAAAGGUGAGAAGGUUCGGCCCAAUCACAAGCGCUGCAUCAUCAUCCUCCGAGAGGUUCCUGAGAGCACGCCUGUGGAGGAGGUUGCGGCUCUGUUUAAAAGUGAGAAGUGUCCUCAGGUCAUUAGUGUUGAAUUUGCUCACAAUAACAACUGGUACAUCACCUUCCAGUCUGAUACUGACGCUCAGCAGGCGUAUAGAUAUUUACGUGAGGAAGUGAAAACGUUUCAGGAGAAACCCAUCAUGGCUCGCAUUAAGGCCAUAAACACCUUCUUUGCUAAGAACGUCUUCGGCGCGGUGGACUCGGCCGUGUACGCGGGAGCUGCUCAGUCUCAGUACUCGUCUCCGCUCUACCUGCAGCAGGUGUUCCAGCCUCAGCAGUAUCCGCUCUACAGCCUCCUCCCUCCCUCCUGGAGCCCGUCGCCUGCGCCUUACUUCGAAACACCGCUGGCUCCGUUUCCCAACGGAACCUUUAACGGUUUCAGCGGAGCAGGAAGCUACAAGAGCGGCUCGUCUCCCCUCGGCAUCGCCCGGCACUUCCCCCGCAACCGGAGCCAGGUGAAGCCGCUGUCCCGAGCCGACGGGCCUCACGCGGACGGAUUCUCGGGUCUAAGCGGUACACAGAACCCCCGGUCCCCAGGCCCAGGACCCACUUCUGACUCAGUCACUUCCUCUGACUCUCCCCUGUCUCCCAGUGAGAACGGACUCAACGACCCGGGCAGCAACAGGGCCAGGAGAGGAAGUUACCGUGGCCUGAGGCGAAGGAGGGAAGACGAGCGAACGAGGCCCCUCCCAUCAGCUGAGGUCAAAACCCCGCCUCCCAAGUUUGACCUGGCGACCUCCAACUUUCCUCCUCUUCCAGGGGGCGUGGUCACGUUGACGGAGAGUGUUCUGGAGAAUCGCAUGGCUGAUGUAGUGAAAGGCCUGAACAGAGACAAGUUGGACAGCAGUAAACAGGAAGUGAAUAAAGAUUCUCGAGCUGUGCAGGAGGAAGUGCCAGGUCCUGUUCCUGCCACGCCCACAUCUACACCCAUACCCACACUGCAGGACACGCCCAACUCCAGUGUUUCAGUUCAGGUGAAGAUCCCAGACGAGUGUCGGACCCCGACAGACACCAUACCGGUCCUCAGUCCUGCUCCAAUCAUCAGCACGGCUUCUCAGCCUGACUCCGCCCCUAAAUCCACACACUCCGCCCCCUUCAGCACACCUGUACAGGAGCCUCGGAAACUGAGCUACGCAGAAGUGUGUCAGAAACCCCGCAAAGACCCUCCACCUGCACCCUGUCCGAGCCCCACCCCCGACCCCGCCCAGUCUCCGCCCAUGGUCAGCCAGCCGCUCCGGGAGCUCGGAGUGAACAAAGCGGAUCCGGAGGCGAGCCAUCCUGCUGAGAAGCCGUGUGAAGGAAGACCACCGCGUGAGCAGUACCGACGCAGCAGUGUUAGCAAGGGGGCGGGGUUCAAGCUGAGAGAACAGCAAAGACGGCCCCCUCAGGGACGACGCUCCUCCCCUCACACCGGAUACAACAACAGACGCAGUGGGAAAGAACAGAACAUCCCGCCGAGAUCGCCGAAGUGACUGUGUGCGGGACGUUUGUGCGCUUUACACCGACAUCGUGUAUAAAUAUUUAAUGUAAAGAGAGUUUAUAAAUUCUAUAGAAUCUAUUAAAGUAUAAAAAUAUAAAACUGCACUACUUCUGGGACGAACAGGCGGCCGCCACGGCAUGGCCCCUUACAUACAAAAAAAAAGGGAAGAUGAAGUUGGGACGUGACCCUCAGGAGCUGUAAGGGCGUGUGUGGUUAAAAAGAAACACAUGGAUGGGGAAAUGUUUCUCGCCGCGUCUCGGUUUUCCUCUUGUAACAAGACACUAAGCUUUAAUGUGUUUCUUUUUAACGUACUCUUCAUUCAGAAGAAAACAGAAAAACAUCGAGGUGCCGACAUUUACGCUGUAUAAACGUAGCACUUACGAUUGGUUGCUAUGGCGAUGGGGGGGAGGUGGGGGCGCCUGGAAAACCAAACGCGAAUGCAGUUCACCAAAGGGGAAAGGACACGGCACACUCCAGUGUGCUUCUGUUGGGACUUUCACUUUGUAGCUUUAACCAAGUGACCUGUGAAAUCAUGAGCCAAUAGGAAACAAGAAGGCGGGGACUAUAUUGUUUAGUUGAUUUGAGACAAAUAUACGUCUCCGCGGUUUAUUUUUGAGUAUAUAAGUAGCGUCACACCGAACUUCAGCCUCGCUGAAGUUUUGUUACGGUUUCGUGACUCACAUUAACGUCACGUCCACUGAAAUACAUGUUUGUUUGUUUGUUUUUUGUUUUUCUUUCUUUCACACUCCCCUGUGUGAGAAGUUAAGAUGUUUGGAUGCUUGGUCUUUCAGGAAUCACGUGAGAUUCAUUUUCAUCUCCUGGUUAAAAAAAAACCUUCCUGCGGUUUUAGAGAAACGUUGCUAACGAGAGAGCGCAGAAGAGGAGGAGUUAUGAAUUCGCUGGAGGAUGUUUCUCAGGAUGAAGGGAGGAAGUCGGUGUGAUGUGACCUCAGAGAAUAAAAAGCAGAGCACUUGGAGAACAGAGAGGAGAAGCGUAACGUAGCGGGUUUUACGGCUGCCGCGUCGUCCUGUGCCAGUUACGCAACCUCAGCAGCUCAUCGCGUUAUAUGCUAAUAAGUGUAAAGCUUAGGGGCGGGGCCAUCUAUCGGAAAUAUAUCACAAUAUUUACAGUCGUGUUUUGAAACCACUUUGACGAUUCUUUUAUUUAACGUUUAAAUUGUUGAUCAAACGCUGACAGUUUAUUACAGUAUCAAUGUUGUAUCAUGUCCAGCGCUACUGCUGUCUCCUGUGGGCGUGGCCUAUCCAGCAUUGUGGGGUUUGUUUUUAAGUUUCGUUCAGAAGUAACAGUCGCUUCUGAAGCUGUUUUAGUCAAACAGAUUAAAUCCGUUGUCUGAUUUUGUAAAAAUAUAUAUAUUAAUAUUAAUGUUCACAUAUACGCAGACGUAACGGUGCGCAUAAUUAAUUACCCUGAUGUAAUAACUGCGACCGGCACAUGAUAGCGUAAUGUCGCUCGUCUUCCUGCUCUCAUGUCUUUAUUAUACUUUAUGGUAUAAAUGAAAUCCAUCCUCUGCUGUACAAUAAUAAUAAUGUGAUGGAAAUUUUAAUGUGUGUGUGUGUUUAAUGUAUACAAAGUGUGUAU